UCUACCCCCUUUUGCAAAACAUCCUGUCUGGCUUGCACCUAACUGUCUGCAUUGCCACUUUUGCUACACUUACUCCUUUUCCGUAUCCCUCUGGAAAUAUUUUUGCGCCCUGCUGCAUUUUGAUUUACUUUCAUGGCUAGACAACGCAUGUUGAGGCGUCAUAAGACCGGCUCACUUGUUGGGCUUCGAGAAAUUAUGUCCUGCAGGUGUCUGGGCCGCAACUGAUUAGCUCCUGCCCCCGAGGACUCGCCGGCAGUUGGCAGUCCGUAUCCUCUGGAAUCCUGUGGCAGUGCCACUGACACUAAUGCGACAGGUUGCCAGCCAACGACGUGCAUUAAAAUUCAAUUACAAAAUAUUUUCCAGCUGCACUACGUGACCGAGGCUCAAAAGUCGCUCCAGGGUCACUCUCUUUUUAUUGAUGGGCUGGGGUUGGGGGUGGCUGUUUGGUCGUCGAUGCCUUUGAACUUCGCGACAGCUGUUCCUAUUUACAAGCGCUCAGCUCGCCCAUGCUUCUGCAUUAAUUUAACAGAUCAAACGCGCUGACAGAACCUCAAGCUAAUGAAAAUGUGGAAAAGCCUCUGCCAGUCCUAUUUCUACUCAAUUUCCACUCCACAGUCCAUAAGCGCUUUUUAAUGAAAUGCGUUGAUGUGUGGGCAGCAGCGCCAUUCUGACAAGUUCUUGGUGGAAUGAAAAAACAAAUAUCUAGAAUUAUAUUUUAUGCAGGAACAGCUGCUCUUGUGCACUAAUAUGGGUCUAUUAUCUCGCUAAACUUAGUGUCGGCAUAUUUCAAUUAAAACUAGACUGAUAAAUAACUUUUCUAAUAGAUCCAGAAAAUAAUCAAAAUGUUUGGACCCUGCAGCAAAUUCAAAAAUAUAUUUUCAAAAUAAAUAAAGAGAAAUAUUUCCGUGAAAAUAAAUGGUUUUAGUAAAUAUGAAUCAAGAUUGUACAUUGAGUCUAUUUUGCGGGAAUUCUUAAACAUACAUUGUAGAAGAAAAAUAACAGUUCCUAGAAAUCAUUAUCUUCAAUGAUUAUGUGACGGUCCCUGAUACUUAACUCCCUUUAUGAUAUUGUUUCAUAUUGUUUUUAUAAAAAGGGAAAAUUACGGUAUACAAUUUUAAUAUCAAUUAAAAUUCAUUUUUUGAGUAUUUUAUAAGUUUAUUUUAAUUGACCUUGCAUCAAACGAGAAAAAAUAUAAAUAUUUCUUAUUAUGCUACUGAUAAGAGACAAUACUUUCCAAGAAAUUAAUCCGAAGAUGAUAAGGCAGGCAAUUGUACCUCUGUGUAUAAAUACAGAGGCGUUUGAGUGCAGCACUUACAGUUUCAAUCGACUUUUACACAGUAGAACAUCAAGGGACAAUAUGAAUUCCGCAUUUCAACUAAGCUGCCUUGUGAUAGUACUUGGAUGCCUUUUGCGAACAGGACAAGCUCGUCAAAUGCUCGCAAUCUUUGGUGACCCUAUAGUCGACAGUAACACCAAAAGCCGAAAUUUGCCUGCAUUGGUGUAGUUCUAUGAGAAAUACUACAAUCGUCUGCAAUUAACAAAUCAGGAACGGGCAAAUGCCAAUAAUGUGGUGCAGAGGUAUCGGGCACAAAAAGUCCAAACUGUGGAUGGAGUUCCCGCUCAGGGAGGAUUCUGGAUGAUAUUACCUUUGCUUCUUCCCUUUGUAGCGUCAAUUGUGGAAGGCAUUGCUAGGGCUGUUGCCAAUUAAGAGAACCUUUAUAAACAUAUAUAUAUAUACUAAAAUUAAAGUAAAAUAUAGGAAAAAUAAACUUGAACUCAUUGAAAAAAACUUCUGAGAAAUUCCUAAACCAAAAUUGUGAGAGUGUCUUUGAAUUUUCACAACCUUUUCUAAGCAAAGAGGCUCAAGUGGCAUGGCCAUGGAUGGCUGAAUAUGUAUCUAUGGGGAUUUUCUGCUAGAGUGGGAGUCAAUACCUGAGCGAGGAGCGUUUCCUGUUGACAGCAGAAGUGUGGUCCUGGAAACCUGGCAGUCGACAUCGAGUGGAUUUUAUGCAAAUUGGCGAAUUUGAGCUGGGGAUCUGGGGAUCUGGGCUCGCCCUGUGAAGUGGAUACUCUUGUGUAUCCUGCAGGAAGUUGUUAAGCCAGUCAAGUGGCUGCCAUCGCAAUUAACUGCUUCACAGGCUGAUGAGAGGCCCUCGACUGAACGCCAGUUAUGUUUAGUAUGUGCCCCUGACACCAAAAGUGUGUCCAAAUUGUGCGUGGCGCUCUGGCAAGCAAUGAGUGAAAUGAUACCCGAAACCAUUGAAAGUGCACUGAGGCCUGAAGACAAAGUCGUAGCCGACCAGGCAAUUCUUCCAUUUAAAUUCCGCUUUAUUGCCCCCGCAAAAAGCGACAAAAGAGCCACGCCACAUUUACACAACGCAACAGCGGGGUUCAUCUUCUUGGAAAGACCAGCGAUACCAGGCGAUACAAGGCGAUACUCGAGCAACGGCAGUUUCUGGUUGACUCAUUGACUCAUUGGUGUCAGUGAAGGCGACUCUGCCAUAAGAGGCACAUUUCGGAUGAGUCAUGGCAACUGGCGAGAAAGUGAGUGCCGUCCAAAAGAACCACAUAGCCAAUCAAGGCUUAUUUCAAUUAGGUUGUUGGCAGGAAGGAAAACGAAAAAAGUUUUCUCCAAAUUGACAACAUGUAUAGUUGCUGUCUUAAGUUGGUAUGGAAAACUAUACAAAACGCAAUUAAAAUCCAACAUCCAAGAAAAACAUGAUAGUGUUUGCCAUAUAUGCUAAAUGAGAAAAUAAUAUAUUUUUUUUAGGUUGAGAUAUUCAAAACAAAUAUCUAGAUUCACACAUUUAAAAUGGGUUUGGGCAUUUAAAAUAGUGUAUUAGCUAUUCACAACUAUCUACUUUACCUAUAGACAUAAGUGAAAAACCCCA